AUGCGUCCUUUCACACGAGUCGCUACUCGCGGCGGCUCUUCAUAUCCAUCCUGCGUGCGCACAUUCGCCUCGUCGACACCAUGCGCCGACGAGCCCAAGCGAUCUGAUGUUUNNUCGGAGGACUCGGGCGUCGCCAGAAACGACCCUCACAAGCUUCUGGAACAGACUGCAAGAGAUCUCAGGAGAAACAGACAGGACGAGGCAACAAUGAAUGCUAUGCAAGAGACUGUCGAGUUUGAAAGACAAAUGACACGCAAGUGGAGGGACGGAGAUGUCUACGCUCCUCACGAUCUUAGUGGUGUUGAGAUGGCCAAGUGGAGCAAGGGUCAACCAAAGGGCAGGCCGAAGAAGGACGUCUUUGAUAUGCUGAAGAUCAAUCCUUUGAAUCACUACUGGGUACGUUUUGUUCAAUCAGCGAAGCUUGGACUGCCACUGACAUGUUUCAGANACUUCUCCAUGAUGUCGGAAUUUAUGACCGAGAUGGGCAAGAUCAAGCACUCCAAGGACACAGGAUUGAGACCGGUCAACCAGAGAAAGGUGGCCAAGGCUGUCAGAAGAGCAAUUGGCCUCGGUCUGAUGCCCAGUGUGCACAGGCAUCCUGAAAUUCUGCAGCCGAGAGGUGCUCUAGGCCGAUAA